UCCCAUACAUAGUCACCGAGAACACCCGAGCCGAGCAACAUCCUGACCCAGACUAUUAUUUUUCGUAUUUCUUGGCGACUAAUUUUACGAAAAUGAAUCUCAGGAAGAUAGAUCCUUUGUGCACGACCUGAAAGUGGUUCUUUGUGGUUAUUUUGGGUUAAUAUCAAGCGUGAAAUUGAUAAUUUUAAAUGAAUAUUUACGGACAUUAGAUGAGAAGUGCUCUUCUUGCUAAAUCGGAUUGGAAAUUUCUUACGAAGAUUAAUUCCUAUAUAAUGCAGAACAGGAAGACAUUUCAAUCAGGAAAGACAUACAAAUGGCUCUUUUUGGAAAUUUUUUUGAUAUAUGUUGAAUAAACCUGACGGUUUAAGUGAAUAUUUACAAACAGUAAACGAAAAGUGAUCGUGUUCAAUCGGGUUUGGAUCUUUGCUUAUCUUACGGGUGUUAGUUACCGCGACCUCGGAGAUGUCGGCGUUGAGGCUAAUGGGGAAGUGGAGUGUCCCAGUAGCCACAGCAGUGGCUGUGCCACUCUUUGGCCCUGCUGUUUUUGCAGACUCAGGCAGCAAAGAUGCUGCCAAAACGACGACGCCUACGUCACGCAUGAUCCGUCCUUCCGAACUUCCAAUGUACGAGGAGCCUGAAGAGGUUUUGGACUUUGAAUAUCAUGGCCGAGAAAGGACAUCUUUGGAAGAGACCGUAGGGUCUGUAAGACAUGAAAUUGAGGGAAUUCUCGAAGCUACAAGAUCGACAAGAGAAAAGGUCAUUCACAUAUGCGAAACUGGGAAGGCUCACACAAUGGCUUCUGUGGAUCUUCUGAAAGAACUCCAGAUGCCAGAAGCCACAGUGGAUAUGCUAAAAAGUCUGCAAUCAUUGCAAGCUACCAUUGAUUACAUCUCAGAUGAAGAAAAUAUGCUUCCUCGCGUUGGGGCAAUUACGAUUGGUGGCUUAGCAGGCCUCGUCCUUGGUGCCAGAAAGAAGGGUGGCCUAGCAAAGAAAGCAAUGUAUACAUCUGUAGGUGUUACAGCUACUGCUUCCCUGUGCUAUCCACGCCAGGCUUACCAGAUCUCCCAGCAGGCAUAUGGAACUGCCAAAGAGUAUGCAAACAUUGGAUACAACUUUGUUGCUGGAGUGAAACCACAAUCAAAAGUUGCAGUACCUGAAGAACCGAAAAAGGAGCCUCCCGCAGAACCCAUCCCAGAAGCCGAACCAUCUACAAGCCCAGAGACUCCACCAGCAGAAACUGCACCAGCCGAGUCUGAGGGUGGUGAGGUAAGAAGUGUGUUACCCCACGCUAUUCCUGACGAGAAGUUCCCUGGUUCUGUUGACAGUUUAGCGCAGCAAACAAGUGAUGCCAUGCAGUGGGGAUUUAGACUAACAGAUAAAGACAGCAGUGCCCCAAGUGUACCACCUGCCGAUGUAGUCCCCCCAGCCAAGUCGUCAGUACCUGAAGGUUUUGGUGCAGUUGGCGAAGCUGAGAGCCAUUGUAUUGUAGGUGCUGCUGAACAAGUCACAGUUCCAAAAGAGCCCAGUCAACAAACAAAGGAAACUGAAGCCCCUGACACCAUCCAUGAAAUUGUUGAGAAAAUUGCAGAAGACAUAGCAGAGAAAGUUGGGGAAGAUAUAGUGGAAGAUGUAGCCGUUGUUGUCAAAGGAGUAGCUGAGGAAACCUUGGAGAGUGUUGGAGAAGUGGCCCAAAUGGCAGACUUGGUUGAAAAUGUUACUGGCAGGGUGUCAUCCACAAUUGACGUAAUACAAGAUGUCCUGGAAGCCGCUGAUAAAGCUGCAGAGGAGGCUGGAUUGCCCGACACUCUCAUAGAUGUUGCUGAGGCAGUUGUUGAAGGAGUAGAAAUAGUAGUUGACACUGUCAAUGUUGUAGCUGGUAAAAUUGAAGAGGUAGCAGAAUCUGUUGUAAAAGAAAUAGAAGAUUUGAAAGCUGAGGCUGUUGAGCUAGUGGAGGAUGAAGGAAAGCGAGAAGAGUUGGUUGAUAAGAUUAUGGAUUAUUUAUCAGAGAGUACUUCACCUGAGACUGCAGAUGCAGAUCAAGUUAAAAAACCAGAGGAGGUGUCCCAAGAGAAAGAUUUAGAUCUAAAGGAAUCACAAACUGAAGAUAUGGUUACUCUGCCUGAGCCGACAGUAGAAGUAACAGAGCCAGUCCCUAGUGAAUUAGAACCAGUUACAGAAGGAACUGCACCUGUAGUUGAGAUAACAGAACCAGUUAUAGCGGUAGUUGAACCUGUAGUUGAGAUAACAGAACCAGUUGCAGAAGUAACUGAACCUGUAGUUGAGAUAAUAGAACCAGUUACAGUGGUAGCUGAACCUGUAGUUGAGAUAACAGAGCCAGUUGCAGAAGUAAGUGAACCUGUAGUUGAGAUAACAGAACCAGUUACAGCAGUAGCUGAACCUGUAGUUGAGAUAACAGAACCAGUUAUAGAAGUAACUGAACCUGUAGUUGAGAUAACAGAACCAGUUACAGAAGUAACAGAACCUUUAGUUGAGAUAGUAGGUCCCAUUACAGAAAAGAAAGAAGAAACUACAGAAACCAUAGAACAAGAUGUGAAACAGGCGAGUGAAAGUGUUGAGCCAGAAAAAGAUGUAUCCGAAGUUAGCGCUAAAUCUGCUCCAGAAGAGGAAGCAGUAAGUUCUGGCAAAGAACAAAUUAAACCCAGCAUAGAAGAUAAAGUCCCAGUAGGAGUAGAAAAACCAAGCUUUCUAGAUAAUUUAUUGAGCCUUUUCAGAAAGGAUAAAGGGGACAAGAUGAUUAAAGAAGAAGCUGUAGUAUUACCUGAUAAAGAGGAAGAAGGAAAACCUGAGCCUGAAAGUUUAGUUGCAGAAGAAGUCUUGCCCAUGGUUGAAAAACUGGCUGAAGACAUUGUGAAGAAAGCUGCUGAGCCAGUGGUAGAAGGGGUUUCCAAGGUUGUUGAGGAAGUAUCGAAGGAGGUGGAGAAAGAAGCGGAAGUGAUUGCCGAGACUGCUGAGGUGGUGGAGAAAACUGGAGAGGAAGCAGCAAAAUGUGCAGAAGUGAUUGAAGGAGUAGCAGAAGCUGCUGAUAAAGCUGCUAAAGAUGUGCCUGGUGUGCCUGAAAUAGUAGAAGAGAUAGCUGAGAAAAUUGAUGAGGUCGCAAAAGAAUCAGAAGCUGUUAUUGAUACUGUAGUUGCUGUAGCAGAGAAAGUAGAGGAACUUGCGAAGGAAAUUGUUCAAGAAGCCAAAGCUAUUGAAUCAGCAGCGGCUGAACUAGUGGAAAGCGAAGAGAAGAGAGAGGAGCUCAUUGAAAAUGUAAUUGAAUUUGUCAGCGAAAAAUUAUCUAGAGACUCUCCUGUAGAGGAGGUUCAGAGUGUGGUUCCAGAAACUCCGGUUGAAGCUGAAAAAGUUGUUGAAGGUAUUGAACCCACCCCAUUAGUUGAAGAAAUGUAGAGGCUGCUGUUCCUGUCAAAAAGGAAGGUUUGUUUGAUAAGUUAGUAAACUUGUUUAAAGAUAAACCUGCCACAGAUAAGGAAUCAGUUCAGGUAGCUGAGAAAGUGAAAGAAUUAGCAGAUAAGGCUGACAA